AUGUAUACUAAAGCUUCAAGCCACCGUUGUCGUUCAACAGCCGGUGCAUCCUUUGUCGAUGGAAAAUUGCGAUGUAAAUGUGGUAUGGCAGACGAUUUUGAUUAUCAAGGACAAAAUCUACCAAAACAAUUUGUUAGCGGUGAUGGCUAUUUUCAGCAAACCUCUCCACCACCGCCACCACAACCACAUCACUCGUACAGACAUAAUAUACCACCAAAUCCAAUGCAAAUUGCUGAAAAACUUCAAUUAGUUCAUUUGUCUGGCGCAACAUCUUAUCCUCCCGCUCCGCAACAAUUUCAAACUCCGAUGCCUCAUGGUUCAACCCAUAAUUAUUAUCCAUAUUAUCAACCUGAAGCACCUAUAACACAAACAUCGCAGUAUAAUGGCAUGAAUUAUAAUAGUGGUGAUCGUCCAGGAAAUAAUGUCAGUCGUUCGAAUGUCAUACUUCCUACGCCACAAGUAAAUGAUGCCGCUCCAUCUACAACAAUAAAAGCCACUAGCACAGCGACAACGACCGUUGUUGAAACAACAGAAUCGACUCCCGUGACCGAUGAUCCAUCAACUGAACAUACACAAUCCACUAAGUUUGUUUACAAUUUAAAAAAUUAUCGUUAUGAUUAUUUUUUAUCUGAUUUAUAUUGUGAUUUUGACCCUGUUUUCGGUAAAUUUGGUGGUCCAACUGGUAUUUGUGCAUUGCCCGAUGAUCGUCUAUUAGUGGCUAAUUUUGAUCGUGAUUCCGUAAUGUUAAUUGAUAUUACGGGAGUUGUACACGAAAUAUACAAAGAUUUACCUACACCCAAGGCUGUGGUUCAUUUUCCAUCAUCACCACAAGCAGUUGUUGCCACUCGUAAAGAAGUUGUACUAUUAGAUCUAAUAGAAAACAAAGUAAUCACUCGUAGUAAAAUGAAAGGAUUUUAUCCAUGGAAUCUUCAAUAUUUGCCAGAACAAAAUGUUUUCGUAGCAUGUGAUCCAAGUGGAGAACGCUUAGUAUUUUUAGAUACAAAUUUAGUUGAAAUUGAUCAAUGGUCGUUAACUGAUCCAGAUCAGGAACAAGUGCGUCAACAACAACCACAAUUAUAUCAGAAAACUUAUCCGUAUGCUGCCUAUUUUCUACCUGAUUCAUCAUUUGUGUUAACUCAUCGUCAAGAUAAAUGUCGUAUAUCGGAAUAUGAUAGUGUUGGUUUAAUAAAAUCAACAUAUGACAUACCACAGUCAUUACAAUCAUUUUCAUUAUUUGUUGAUACUGAACGAAAAUGUUUAUUAACAGAUAAACUAAAUCAUCGUCUUGUAUCAAUAGAUGAAAAUAAACAAAUUGAAGAAUAUAAAUGUAAAUCAGUUGUUGAACCGCAUUCAUUAACAUUUUUAUCAAAUGGCACAAUGUGUAUUACAGAUUGGACAAAAAGUCAUCGUACAAGUGGUGGAAUUAGUAUUAUAUCAGCAGAAGAUUUACAAAAUUAUGAAGCAUAA